ACUCGUGCAUUUCUACGCCGGAUUUGUUCGGUUUUUAAUCAUCGAACCGGAACCAUCACCAAUGAAUCUAAAAGUAGGAAGCAACCUAAUACUAAUCUGUGUUUAACAACCCACGUGUUAAUAUCAAUGUUCAAUGGAUUUUAAGAGCAAGUGAUAAAAAACAACCAUGAAACGUGUUGGAUAUUGGAUGAGCGAGAAAAAGAGCAAAAAGCUUAACUUUGAGGACCAUGUGGAUUUGUUUAGGAAUGCUGGAGUGGAACUUCUCAAGAUUGACCUUGAGAAGGAGCUUGAGGAUCAGGGACCAUUUGACAUGAUUCUGCACAAGUUCACAGACAUUCUUGUGAAGGCCCAACAAGGACACGGCGCUGAGCAGAAGAUCAUAACUCAUAUCGAGAACUACAUCAACAAUCAUCCCGAGUGUAUAAUAGUGGACCCCCUGGAUGGUAUACGGAAACUCCUAGACCGUAACGAGCAAUACAACCUGGUGCUUGACUGCAAUAACAUGAACUCUGGGUCCCAUGUGUUUAUACCUACAUUUGUUGACCUCACUAGCAUGGAUGUGGAUGAGAACCGGAAAAAACUCAUGGAAGCCGAUGUCCAAUACCCUAUAGUAUGCAAACCAGUUGUUGCCCAUGGUACAGAAGAUUGUCAUAAGAUGACUGUGAUUUUCAAUGACCAAGGCCUGCGUGACAUCAGCCCCCCAUGUGUGGCCCAGACCUUCGUUAACCACAAUGCAACACUCUACAAGAUCUUCAAGGUGGGCAGUAAGCAGUACAUAGGGCAACGACCUUCCCUGAAAAACCUCUACGCUGGCAAAGAUCAGUCUACCAUAUACUUUGACACUCAUGAAGUGUGCAAAAUGGAUUCCUCCCACCAUUUGACCCAGCUGGAUGACUCUGAUUUGAAGUGCUCCCCCCUCAGUCCUGACCAUGCCCAGUUAGAAGCCUUGAGCGAGACGUUGCGGAAGAAACUCGGCAUUGAUUUGUUUGGCGUGGACGUUAUCAUAGAAUGCGACACUAAAAAAUAUGCUGUGAUUGACAUUAAUGUCUUUCCAAAUUAUGACGAGGUUGACAACUUUUUUGGGGACCUAUUGGACCACCUGCUGUUCUUGUUCAACAAUCAGCAGAACACACAUUCCACCAACGGGCAGAAGACGACACCGGGACCCAAUGGGAUCCACAAGCAGCAGACAACAGGGCCCAAUGGGAUCUUGAAGCAGACUGGACGCUCUCUAUCCCAGGAAUUCAUCUCAGAUGACAUAAGUGCUAAGAGGUUGAAAAUAAUGGACCAGUCUGACGAUUGCGGCUGUGAUAGUCUUGUUUACUGCUCCAGGCCCGUUUCUAAACAUGACUCGGAGCGUAGAACCAAUGGGGAUGGGAUUCCUAAAACACAAAAUGACUCGAUGAAUCAGAGAAUUAUGUCAGCGGGUCAUAAUAAUUCGAAAGCUAUGAUUGGUGAUCGAGCAUAGCAACACAAUAGCUGUAUGCAUACUAUACAUAAUAUAUUUUCUACUUAGACAUUUUUUGGCAAAACUAUUAAAAAAAUAAUGAUCUUUUUUGUUUGAAUAUUUAGGAAUUGUACAGGUUAUUUUAGGUUAAGUGUGUUGCACAUAUUUAUUAUCUUCAAAAUGGCAUGUUUGUUGGUCUUUGUGUAUCUCCAGAUAAGUUCUGUAAAUUUGUUUAUAAACAUAAUCAGUUAUACAUUCUAAGGUCUGUAAAAGAAAACUCCUUUGGGCAAAUACAUUUGAAAAUAAUAUGAACAGAAUCGUUCAUCAUUAUCCAUGAUAUAUGGCACAAUUGGACCAAAGCCAAAAAUUGUCUGUUCCAUUAUUUGGUUAAAAAUGAGGUGGGCAAGAAUUGGCCAUAAUUAGUCAUUCCAACUUAUGUUUGAUUUAAUUCUUGUUAUUUACUAAAAUCAUAAUUAAAACAAAUAUUUAUACAUUCAUUAAAUAUGAAAACUGUAAUGAAUUUUAUUAAUGUCAGUCAUUUUACAUUUAUCUUCAACUGCAAAUGCCCCUAAUACAAAGUAAAGGGGGGAGGGUGUACUGGUUUCAGGAUGUUCAUCUGUCCAUCUGGAUGUCCGAUAUCUUGUCCAGAGCAUACCUCUAUAACUAUGUGGGUAUCAACUUGAAAGCUGAUCACUAUAACCCUAACGUUUGCUCACCUUUUUUUAUAGUAAUGCCCCUUUUUAAAAUUUUCACUUAAAUUUUGUCUAAAGCAUAUUUUGAAAAAUAUAGAGUUAAAAAUUUGAAACUUCAUAGGAAUGUAUGUCUCAUUUAGAGGAUGUGGAUUGCGCAAGAACCAGAACUAUUUAUUUCCCUAUUUUUUAAGUUAUUUCCCUUUGUUAUGCUGCUCUAAAAUGUAAAAACUGCCUUGUGCUUUGACAAAUUGGCAUUAUUUUGUGUGCCCGGAUUUUGCCUUCAAACAUAUUAUAUAAGGAUAUUUACUUCUUUUAACUUGAAAAUUAUUGACCUCAUUGUAUAAUUUGUGGAACUGAAGUUUACCUUCAUGUGUAUCUUAUUCUUUUUUUUAGCUUUUGAUUACGUUGAUGGUUAUUGUAAUGUAGCAACUGUCUUUAAUGAAGUGACUUCCAUACAAUCUGCAAUAAUAUAAGCACAUGCAUCUAUCAUGCUAAGGCCUUCGGAAAAUGUGUGCUUAAUUAUUUUAUAUUUGUGGGCACUUCAACUUUUAUCAUGAAUUAAAUACAAAUUGUCCUACAUGCAUAAUUUGACCAGUGUCAUGCAAAAAUUGUUCUUCUGACAUACAUAGCUAACAAUAACAAAGGUCCAGACACAAUGCCUACCCAAUGGUACAGUCAGGUAAGGAGCUGCGCUGUUGGCUAUUGAGUCGUGCAAGGUGUUGUGCCCUCAUUAGCCGAUAAGGUAGUCACUGACCAGACUGCAAACUGCGUUUUGAUCGUGUAUUACAAAUCAAUCUUAUACAUUUGAAAUCGUUAAGUACCAAAACACGUAAAAAAGACACAAAUGAAUUUCAUAAUUAUAAUGACACCAUCAAAAUUGUUAUUAAUUAAAAUAAACAAUUUUCAUUGAAACUGAAAAGAAACUGAAAUAUAAAAUAUGUGCUGUAAUGAAUAUUAGAUUUUCAUGUGGUAGUUGAACCAAAUAGUCUUAAUGGUUUGUUAAUUUGAGUUUAUUGUGGCUGAACGAAAUAUGACUGCUAAUAAUUUGAUAUCAUAUGUCUAUUUUUAUACAAAUGUGAACUUUAAUUUAACCCAUUUCCGCACAGAAGAAAAGUGAAAAUGGCCAAAUGCAACCAGCAUAAAAUCAGAACAGUCUGCCUUUUGAUGCUCAUCAGUAUCUAAGAGUUUCAAAUGAAGCCUGAGAGGUCUUUAAGUUGAUUUUUGAAGCGAUUACAAAUGCGUAUCUAAGCGGUAAAGGGCUAAUAUUCUUGUUUAUGUAUAUACAUUGUUAUAUUUGUAUAUCUGUGUAAAACAUUUGAGCUGCUAUUAUGGACUUUAUCUUGUAAAGGAAGCUACUUCUAAGUACAGUUCAAGUCUAGGCAGAAAGUGUCAUCAAUGAUUAGCCUGUGCAGAGUGCAUAGGCUACUCUUUUAGGACACUUUAUUUUCAUACAUUAAACUUUGUUUUCCCAGAAAAUGGCUCAAAUAUUUUGUUAGAUAUAUCUUUUGGGGGUUUGUUCAAGCUCAUUUUUAAUUUUGAUUAGUUUUAGAUUGUGUUUUGUUUUGAAAUUGGUGAUGUGUUUAUAUUUUUUAUAUACAUUUGUCAAUAACAUAAACAUCAUCAUUGUUAAAAAAAAGAAUUUUCUGUUCAACUCCUACUUGAACUAUCAGCUAUUAUUUUACAAUAAUCACUUGAUUUUUUAAAGUGUCUAAAUAUAAUAAGAUGGGCCUUUUUGCCCUGAAUGCUUUUAAUGACAUUUUGCACAAAUAUAUUCAUAUCUCUUUAUAGAAACAGUAUAUUUUUAUUUGUUAAGAUUAAAUUUUUGUCAGUUGACCUCUAAUGACAUACCGCGGUAGUGAUUGAAGGGCAAAUCUUAAAAUUGCAGAUUGCUUGAAUCCUACUUAUACUGUAUAUUCCUAAAUAAAUGGACAAAUUUGUUUUUCUUUUCAAUUUGAACAAAAAUUUUAAUAAAGAUAGAGGUGAAAAAGGAAAUAACAUUUUCAAAAUUACUGUUAUUCUAUCUGUGAGCAAAGUACUGCCUCUUGUAUAUGAAAUUAAUUUUGUUGAGAAUCUUCUGUGAUGUUUUUUUUCUCUAUUUGGGUUUAUAUUAAUUCUGCAUGUAAGUUAUUAUUCAGUAAUUAUGCUAUAAUGUAAGUGUGAGGCUGUAUAAAUAGCAUAGAAAUCAAAUAUGUUGUACAAUAUCUGCUGUUUUUAAUGAAUUGUAUAUAUUUGAGAAGUAUUUGAAAACUUGUAUUUGCUUGAAAACCGUUGGUUUAUGGUGUUAAAGACAUUCCAUUGUGGAAGGAAUAUAAUGUGUUUGUAAUAAGAGCAUAUGUAGACAAUAAAACUUGUUUUGGAUGCACAAACAGUUUUAAAAUUUUGACUAUUUUGAUGACAAGAUCGUUACUUACUAUCAUCCAUAUAUGCUGUCAUUCAAGAUAUUUGGCUUUGGAUUUAGUUUGAAGACUUAAAAAUUCAAUGGCUUUUGAUACGUCCAGUGGUUGGUACACUUGCUUGUCACCUUCCUUCUCCCAGAAGCAUGUGAAAUUGGAAGGUGGCGACCAUUCUGGGCGGAUUGGGUUUACUUUGGGUACACCGGCUCCCCAUCCCCCACAACACACAACCACACUAAAAUAAAAUACAAAUCUUUAAGGAAAAAAUAAACAGCUGGAAAUUGCAGUUAUAAUUAAAAAAUCUUCCCAACUUUAAUCAGUUCAAAUAGUUAAUUAGAUAGGAAUGCUGGGACACAUUCUGGUUCCCCACAUAAUGCAGCCUCAGGCGCAGAAUGACCUAAUACAUUUUGAAAUGCACACACACAUAGAAUUAAAGGUUCAAGUACGACCAGGUUAAUGUACUCCCAGGAUAAUGUAUCCCCUUACUUCUUCUGUGUUUUACUCUUGGCAAAAGCAUAUGCAGAGCUUAUAAUUGGCAUGAGCUGAAGAUUGUAGAUACUUACUAAAAUAUUAAUGUUAUUUAUUAGCAUUUUAAUAAUGUUAGUUGAUGUUAUGUUUUUUUUAGUUUAUUCAGAUAUUCUGAACUAUUUAAAAAAAUAAAUAUUUUUUUGGCCUGAUUUCCAAUGUUUAUCAGAACCCACCAUAACUUUCUGACAGGUAAUAGUACUUACAAUUUUAGGGUGUUUGCUACAUUGUAAUGAUUAUUUACAUACAUGAACUGAUAAUGGAGCACAUGCUCGAUCACUUCAAAUGAUGGGGCAUUACUUGUGUGGUUUAUAUGUUGGUUAUGAAUUGAAAAUGUUGAAUGUGAGACUAUAAAUUUGAGUAUUUUCACAUUUACUUUUUAUAUUGGACAGACUUAAAAUUGGACAGACUUAACAUACCUCAAGCACACCUUAAUCCCUUAAUGGUUGGAAUGCAAAGUGUGGAUAUACCUUUCAGUUUAAAUCUUUUUAGCUCACCUGUCACGAAGUGACAUGGUGAGCUUAUGUGACCGUGUGAUGUCCGGCGUCCGUAUGUAUGUGCGUGUGUCCGUCAACAAUUUGUUUGUGUAGACAGUAGAGGUCGCAGUUUUCAUCCAAUAUUUAUGAAAUUUGGUCAGAAUGUUUAUCUUGAUGAAAUCUGGGUUGGGAUUGAAUUUGGGUCAUCUGGGGUCAAAAACUAGGUCACAAGGUCAAAAACUAGGUCACUAGGUCAAAUAAUAGAAAAACCUUGUAUAGACAUUAGAGGUCACAGUUUUCAUCCAAUCUUUAUGAAAUUGGGUCAGAAUGUCUAUCUUGAUGAAAUCUGGGUUGGGAUUGUAUUUGGGUCAUAUGGGGUCAAAAACUAGGUCACUAGGUCAAAUAAUAGAAAAACCUUGUGUAGACAACAGAGGUCACAGUUUUCAUCCAAUCUUUAUAAAAUUUGAUCAGAAUGUUUAUCUUAAUGAAAUCUGGGUUGGGAUUGUAUUUGGGUCACCUGGGGUCAAAAACUAGGUCACUAGGUCAAAUAAUAGAAAAACCUUGUGUAGACAAUAGAGGUCACAGUUUUCAUCUAAUCUUUAUGAAGUUUGGUCACAAUGUUUAUCUUGAUGAAAUCUGGGUUGGGAUUGUAUUUGGUUAGUCAGGUGAGCGAUUCAGGGCCAUCAUGGCCCUCUUGUUGAGAUAUCAGCUAAGUUUAUUUGGGCCGUGCUCUGUGAAAAGGUGGUUAAAUGCAUGUGCGUAAAUUGCAGUACGCACAAGCUCAUAAGGGACAACACUUUCCGCUUAAACUGGACUUUUACUAAGGAGGGACUUUCUUUAAACGAAAAAUAUAAAAGGGAAACUGUCGUCCCUGAUUAGCCUGUGCAGACUGACCAAGCUAAUCUGGGACGACACUUUACGCACAUGCAUUGAACCCCCUUUUCACAGAGCAAGGCGCAUUUACAUGCAUGAGUAGCUUCAAAGUCAUUUUGGAAAAUCUAAAUAAAUGUGCGACUUAAUUAUUCUUAAAUAUACGUUUUCAGAUUUUGUAUUAUAACGUGUUUAUGAUUUGUAGAACAGUAUGGUAGUGUUUUGUAGAAGGAUGUUAUAUCGAAAAAUAAAAGUAAUUUAAACAAGUUA